AUGGCCAGCCCGCAGAAUCUGAUCGCCUCGAACCCGAUCGCUUCGAUCGAGAGCCCUUCGAUCGAGGACUUGACGCCACGCGAGAUCGUCGCCGAGCUCGACAAGUACGUGGUCGGUCAGGGCCGCGCCAAACGCGCCGUCGCCGUGGCGCUGCGCAAUCGCUGGCGCCGCCAGCGGAUCGAAGGCCCGUUGGCCGAAGAGAUCAUGCCCAAGAACAUCUUGAUGAUCGGCCCCACCGGCGUCGGCAAGACCGAAAUCGCCCGCCGCCUGGCCAAGCUCGCCCGAGCGCCGUUCCUCAAGGUCGAAGCCAGCAAGUUCACCGAAGUCGGCUACGUCGGCCGUGAUGUCGAGUCGAUGGUGCGCGACCUCACCGAAAUCGCCAUUGUCAUGGUCAAGGAAGAGAAGCGCCGCGCCGUUCAGGAGAUGGCCGCCAAGCGCGCCGAGGAACGGCUGCUGCAGCUGCUGGUACCGUCUUCGCCGAGCGGUUUCGUCGGCACCGAAGACGAGCCCAACCCGACCCGCGAGAAGUUCCGCGCCCGGCUGCGAGCCGGCAAGCUAGACGAGCGUCAGGUCGAGAUCGAGACCGACGAGACCCGUUUUCCGAGCUUGGAGAUGUUCACCCCCCACGGCGGAGUCGAGGAAGUCGGCCUCAACAUGAAAGACGUCAUGCCGGGGCUCUUCGGCCGUCGUCAGCAGCAGACCGUGACCGUCGCCGAGGCCCGCGAGAUCCUCAAACAGCAGGAGGCCGACAAGCUGAUCGACCAACGGCAGAUGGCCCUAGAGGCGAUCGACCGGGUCGAACAAGGCGGCAUGAUUUUCCUCGACGAGAUCGACAAAGUGGCCGGCCGCGAAGGUGGCCGUGGCCCUGACAUCUCGCGCGAGGGCGUCCAGCGCGACCUGCUGCCGAUCAUCGAAGGCACCACCGUCAACACCAAGUACGGCAUGGUCAAGACCGAUCACAUCUUGUUUCUCGCCGCCGGCGCCUUCCACGUCUCCAAGCCUUCGGACUUGAUCCCCGAGCUCCAGGGCCGGCUGCCGAUCCGAGUCGAGCUCGACGCCCUGGGCAAGGACGAGUUCGUGCGCAUCCUCACCGAGCCCGAAGCCUCGCUGACCAAACAGUACUCGGCCCUCUUGCAGACCGAGGAGAUCGGCUUGAGCUUUACCCGCGGCGCGGUCGAGGAAGUGGCCCAGCUCGCCGUCGAGGUGAACUCGCAAACCGAGAAUAUCGGCGCCCGCCGACUAGCGACAUUGAUGGAACGUCUGCUCGACGAGAUCUCCUUCGAAGCGCCUGAGAAAUCCGGCACGAAAAUCAAGGUAGACGCCAGGUACGUCCGCAAAGCGCUGGCCGACAUCGCCAAAGACGAGGACCUCAGCCGCUAUGUGCUCUGA